AUGCAAGCAUCAAACAGACUCAAGUCCACCUUUGCGCAGGGGAAGCAGACGUUUGGCGCGUGGCAGAUGCUCCCUGGGGCCAAUAUCUCACGGCUCUUGGCACGUUCUGGUGUGGACUGGGUGUUGAUCGACUGUGAGCACGGCAACAUUGACGAUGGUGCCAUGCAUGACUCGGUUCCUGCAGUUGCCGCGCUGGGAGUGUCGCCGCUUGUCAGGGUGGCAGAUAUGCAAGGAUGGAUGGUGAAGCGAGCCUUGGAUAGCGGUGCUCACGGUCUUUACCAAGCCAAUGACGCCCUCGUGACCAUCAUUCAGAUCGAGACCCACGAGGCCUUGGAGUCAGUCGAGGAGAUUGUGGCUGUGGACGGAAUCGACGCGCUCUUUAUUGGUCCGUUCGAUCUCGGAAACAACCUCGGCUAUCCUAUCCAGAAAGGUAUAAUAGGGCCCGUACUUAAGGAGGCCCUUGCUCGCAUCCUAGCAGCAACGCGAAGGGCCGGCAAGAAGUGCGGAAUCUACUGCAAAGACGCGCAGAAAACGAGGGAGUUUGCCGCUCAAGGCUACGACAUGUUAGUGGCUGCUACCGAUUACAUGGCUCUUCAAGCUGCCGUCAACGGAGAGGUGAGUUUAGCAAAGGGGGAGCAAGCUGGCAAGGGAACCUGGUGA